AUGAGAGAAUUGGUCCGUUCUUAUGACGCCCGCAGUUUCAACGAAUUGUAUAAACGAUUGAGUGUCCAAGAUACAGAUGACAUCUACGCAGAAUAUGGACCAACAUGGAAGGAGACCGCGGAACACAGUAUUGCAAAUUACUGCAAGGAGAUAAUACUCGAACAAGAAACGAUGACAUUUGAACAGAUACUCAGGAGCAACCACCACAGUCGAACCUGUCAACACCCAGCUGAUACCCUCGCUGGAGAAGAAUGGCUGGAUGAACUAAUCCGGGUAAACAACAUUAACAAACGUGACCUAUUGGUAGCCCUGACCGCUGUUAUGAACAAGCUGUGUACCCGAAAGAACGCUUUCGUCAUUGAAGGGCCCACAACCACUGGGAAAACUCUGUUUGUGAAACUAGUAGCAGAGAACUAUGUGUAUGGAACUGUCCAACGCUCAGGUGACCACAGCCAGUUUUUCCUCAUGAAUUUACUCAAUAAAACACUGGCUCUUAUGGAAGAACCACGAAUCACUCAACUCACUGUGAACGACUUCAAGGAACUCUUAGGAGGCAACCCAUUCGACAUUCAUGUUAAACAUCAAAAAGACGAA